CCGCUUCCGGUCCGUGCCCUUGGGGCUCCGUGUCCUGUGGGGCUGGCUGUGGUUGCCGGGUCUGCAUCCGGGAAACAUGGCGGCUGCGGCGACUAGGGGCUGGUGGCGGGGGUUCUUGGGGGCUGUGGCGCGGACCAGGGUGGCCGGGCGACCCUCGGCGCUAUUGCUGCCGGUGAGGAAGGAGAGCGCUGCGGCCGACACGCGCCCCACAGUCAGGCCCCGGGAUGAUGUAGCCCACAAGCAGCUCUCAGCUUUUGGAGAAUAUGUAGCUGAAAUCCUGCCCAAGUAUGUCCAGCAAGUUCAGGUGUCCUGCUUCAAUGAGUUAGAGAUCUGCAUUCAUCCUGAUGGAGUCAUCCCAGUGCUGACUUUCCUCAGGGAUCACACUAACGCACAGUUCAAAUCCUUGGCUGACUUGACAGCAGUGGACAUUCCCACCCGGCAGAACCGUUUUGAGAUUGUUUACAAUCUGCUGUCUCUGCGCUUCAACUCAAGGAUCCGUGUGAAGACCUAUACAGAUGAACUGACACCCAUUGAGUCCACUGUCUCUGUGUUCAAAGCAUCCAACUGGUAUGAGCGGGAGAUUUGGGACAUGUUUGGAGUCUUCUUUGCUAACCACCCUGACCUACGAAGGAUCUUGACAGACUAUGGCUUUGAGGGACACCCUUUCCGGAAAGACUUUCCCCUGUCUGGCUAUGUUGAGUUGCGCUAUGACGACGAGGUGAAGCGGGUGGUGGCUGAGCCGGUGGAGUUGGCCCAGGAGUUCCGCAAGUUUGACCUGAACAGCCCUUGGGAAGCUUUCCCUGCCUAUCGCCAGCCCCCAGAGAGUCUCAAGCUUGAAGCUGGUGACAAGAAACCCGAAACCAAGUAGUUCGGGAAGCACGUGACUCCUUGAAAGCACCUUUUCUAUAAUUGUGUGUCUGUGUAAAUAAAACCUUACUUCGAGACUCAC